CCUUCCCCGGUCGCUUCAUCUCCCUGACAGCCAGCCACAACACCGACCCGCCGCCCAUCUCCACCCCGAGCAGGAUGCGUCCUCUCGGGCGAUGCUGCGCCGCCUGAGGCCGCCAGCGGUGACGCCGACAUCCAGGACUCAUGGCCGCCGCUCCUCCGGAGGCUCCGUCAGCGGGCUGCUGAUCGAUGGUGACCGGCUGGACUCGGAGGGGCUGCGCAGCCUGUUUUCACCCAGAAUAAGAAAGUGCGCGUCUCUUCGGUGCCGACAUGGGAGGCUCGACCUCCUGCUGCGUGUCUGGGAGCCCGAAGAUCCGCAGAAAUGCGCACUCGCGGCUGGAGUCCUACCAGCAGGACUCGGACCUGAGCCGAGAGGAGACGGCGUGCAACCUGCAGCACAUCAGCGACCGAGAGAACGUCGACGGUAUCAACAUGGAGUACAACCCCUCGGACCAUCCGCGGGCCAGCACCAUCUUCCUGAGCAAAUCCCAGACUGAUGAGGUGCCGAGCAGGAACGUGCGAGAAAAGCGGAAGAGCCUCUUCAUCAAUAAUCACUUACCCACGAGGCGGAAAUACAGCUCCUGCUCCACCAUCUUUCUGGACGACAACACAGUCAGCCAGCCCAACCUGAAGUACACCAUUAAAUGUGUUUCCCUGGCGAUUUAUUAUCACAUCAAAAACCGAGACCCGGACGGAGGAAUGCUGCUGGACAUAUUCGACGAGAAACUUCACCCUCUCUCUAAGUCGGAGGUGCCGCAGGACUACGACAAACACGACCCGGAGCAGAAGCAGAUCUACAGAUUUGUGCGGACGCUGUUCAGCGCGGCUCAGCUCACGUCCGAGUGCGCCAUCGUCACCCUGGUUUACCUGGAGCGACUGCUGACGUACGCGGAGAUCGACAUCGGCCCGGGCAACUGGAAGCGGAUGGUGCUGGGCGCCAUCCUGCUGGCCUCCAAAGUGUGGGACGACCAGGCGGUGUGGAACGUGGACUACUGUCAGAUCCUGAAGGACAUCACCGUGGAGGACAUGAACGAGCUGGAGCGUCAGUUUCUGGAGCUGCUGCAGUUCAACAUCAACGUGCCGUCCAGCGUCUACGCCAAGUAUUACUUCGAUCUCCGCUCGCUCUCCGAGGCCAACAACCUGAGCUUCCCGCUGGAGCCGCUCAGCAGAGACAAGGCCCAGAAACUGGAGGCCAUCUCCAGGCUCUGCGACGACAAGUACAAGGAGGUGAGGCGAGCGGCGAGGAAGCGCUGGGCCAGUGUGGACAAUCUCUGCGGGGUCAGAUGGGUCCCUGCCAUCGUCUCCUAGCUGACGCCACAAACCGCCAUAUCACAGGCACGAGUUUGAGGACGUCCGAGCCACGGCGUUUGAGACGCCUGCUCCGUGCCUCCUCUCCUCUGUGGACGGGGACGCGACGCCUCAGAACUCCUCCCUGGCUUCAUCCGCCGGACCUUCACGGAGGAGGAGCUGUUCGCCUUCGCUAUUAACAAUCAACCACGUUAUUUAUGUCAGCUUUUCUUUCUCUGCACCUGCUUGAUCAUAACCACACUCUUUCAGCACAGGAAUCCUUUCUGCUUAUUUAUUUGCUUCGACUAGCUAGAUAUGGAGACUUUUAUUCAAUGUUUACAGUAUUUCUCUUGUUACUCAGGAAGUCUUAGGUUUAAUAUGACUUUAUUAUUCAUAUUUUGACGAUAAUAACGUUCCAGUAUUCAAUAUACACUUCACACCGAUCAACAUUUGUUGGUUUCAGUAGUUCUAUCAAGCGUAUGUAAUUAUCGACAGCAAACUAACCGCGAACACACAGGUACUCAGCUGAUAUAUAACUUUAAAUAUUGCCAUUCCCUGUUGUUUUCCUCUUGUCUGUCAUGUAAACCUGUCGGGAAAACCAUCAGAUUAUCCCACAUUUCACUUGGAUCAGGGAGCGGUGACGCCACAGGCCUGUCAGCGUUCUGUUAACGCUAAAAAGAAGUGUAAAAUAUAGCGAAAUGUUGCUGAACACGGGAGUUCUACUGACAUAAAAUGAUUCCUACUUUUAUUUUUUUGCGUUAAAAUGUUGCCAUUUGUGCUUUUAUUCGGAGGAAAUACGAGGGUUAAACCAUGAAGCGAUGACAGAUAAAUCCAUGCGAGCGAGAGCUUUGCUUGGCAUCUGGAGGGUUUUGAAACGUCAUUCGUCAAUCCUUUUUUUUUUUUUUUAACCAAAAUAACGCGUUUAACACUAUCGAUGUUGAAGUGGUCAAAUAAACGUCUCAUUUAUCAGUGAUCACUGAAAACACUAAAUUGUUCCGCCAGCUUUUGGUCAACCACCACCAUUUAAUCUACUGAUGAAGAAUGUCUUGGUGGAAUACUAGGGUUCAUAAUAAUAAUAAUUUGGAUUUAGCGUUUUCAUCUUCACACAUUUAGCAAUGGAGACUUGAGCUUUGUAUUAAUCAUGUCAUUUAAUUCAACUCAGAGUGUUUCAAUUUAACUGCAGUAUGAUUUAUUUAUUCACAACAAGAAGCGUGUCAAGUCACUGAGCAUGUAUUUAUCAUAACAAAUCACUCAAAUAAUCUGGUCCUGAUGGAGAUCUGGGCGACUACUCGUCGUACUGACUGGUGUUUGGAGCAGAUACUUGUGUUGUGAGCGACUACUCUUCCGUCGCUGCUGCUCUCUUUCGAUCACACUUGCAGUUCUCAUGAGUAGAUCCAACCUCAAACCUUCUGAAAAACAUCCUUCCACACCUUUAAACCCGAAAACGGACGACACAUUUCUCAGACCCGGCUCUCCAUGAAUCUGGACCCAGAUGACCCACUCAGCUGGUAUCAGCAGUUUUGCAUAUUAACUUUGUACAGCUGUGAUGAUUUUACUGUGAAACGUUGAUGGAUGUGUUUUUGUAAUAAAACGGACUUUCUAAUAUAUUUGUGUAUUAACCUAGGCUAACCUUUUUGUUACGUUCGUGUUACGAGGACCGGUUGUCGAGGAUCAUCUCAUGCAUUCAAGGACAGUAAAGCUCCCAAACAUCACCUUCACUUUCUUUUACAGAUGGUUGUUAUCCACUGGGAAACGUUUGUGAAUAAAGGCGAC